AUGUCAAACGAAUUCCUCGUAACUGGCGCCGCAGGCUUCGUUGGCCAGGCCCUAGUCUCUGCCCUCAUCAAAUACGACCCCUCAGCAACCCUUACAAUCACAGAUGUAAUCGAGCCCCCCAUCCCCGCCGACGUGGCAGGAGGAGGCAACAAGAUCAAUUCCUUGAAAGCCGACCUCACCGACCCGGCAGCAGUGAGCUCUCUGCUCUCGAGGCAGUUCUCAGCUGUCUACCUCCUGCACGGCCUCAUGUCCGGCGGGGCGGAAGCGAACCUCGACCUAGGCCUCAAAGUCAAUCUCGAUUCCGUCCGAGCCGUCCUCGAUCACCUCCGGAAUAAUUACCCCGGCACCACGGUCGUCUUUACUAGUUCGUGUGCAGUCUAUGGUCCGCGUCAGCCUGUUAUCGAGAGCGAGACUGUGCCGAAGCCGCGGACAUCGUACGGCACCGAGAAGCUGAUUAUCGAGUUGCUAGUGGAGGACUUCUCGCGGCGUGGGCUCAUCGACGGCCGCAUUGUGCGACUUCCUACAGUCACAGUGCGACCUGGCGCGCCUUCUGCUGCGGCAUCGAGUUUCGCGUCAGGUAUUGUUCGUGAGACUCUGAAGGGCAUCAAAAAUGUGUUGCCUGUUAGCCGUGAUCUUGAAGUCUGGGUCUGUAGCCCCGCUACGGUCGUGAAGAACCUUGUUAAGGUUAAGGAUGUGCCGAAAGAGAAGUUUGGGGAAUCGAGAGUCGUUAACUUACCUGGUAUCACCGUUACGGUGCAGGAGAUUCUUGAUGCGGUGGAGAAGGUCGGUGGCAAAGAAUCAUUGGCACUCAUCGAAGAAAAGAAGGAUGCCGCCAUCUUGGCUAUUGUGGAGACAUGGGCUGCUCGGUUUGAUGUGAGCAGGGCUUAUGGCUUGGGUCUGGAACCUGAUGGUACGAUUUUGGAGGCCGUUGAGGCAUUUGCGAAGACUCUUAAGGCAUGA